CUUCCUCUUCUCGCUACUUCAUACUGUUUGGAAACAGUGGAUCAACUGCUACUUCAUCGGAGUAAGCGACCACCAACGGAAAACGAGACGCAUCCAUUGGACGUGAAACUUGGCAUGUACUUGGAGAGUCUUGGCAAUUUUCGAUCAACUGAAAUGUCGUUCGAUGCCGAUAUUUAUGUAUAUAUGUCAUGGAAGGACAUCCGAUUAGCGCACAAUUUCUCAGAUUAUGUACUGAUUAAUGAUGACAGUAUGAGGAAACAGAUCUGGUUCCCUACAUUAUUCAUGUAUUACACUUCGAGUCAGCUCAGUACGCUCUGCUCCAGUGGCCAUUACUAUCGUUUUUAUAGCGCUCGUCUUUUUGCCGCUUUAACUUUAAUUUUAUUUAAGCGGCUCCCAGACUUAUAUUUUGCUAAUGCACGCCAAGCUCACUUUCAAGAGGUAACAGUGCCCAAUUUCAAUAUGUUUAUUGCACCCGAUGGAACGGUUGCCUAUUCAUUACGGUGUACGUUGACCGUGGCAUGCAACUUGGAUCUGAGGCGAGUUCUACCCGAUGGACUCGCAAAUGUGCUCGAUCAGAAUGCCUACAUUGCUAAACAGGUCAACGUGACGUGGUUCGAUUCAAAUCCGAUUCGUUCCAAUCCCGAAAUUGGUCUGCCGGAAUUUAUGAUUACCGCCGUCGCGAAAAGUUACUGUAACGGGACAUAUCGUUACGCAUUAAUGCCAAAUUCAUAUAAACUUGAUAAUUUUAGUUGUUUGGAAGGGAAUUUGUAUUUAUCGCGUUCCAUUGGUUACAAUCUUGUACAGUCAUAUAUUCCAACUGGAUUAAUUGUGAUGAUCUCAUGGGUUUCAUUUUGGAUUGAUCGACGAGCUGUACCUGCAAGGGUCACUUUGAGCUUUACUACACUGGUCUCCUUAACAACAUUAGGUAAUGGUCUCCGUUUUGGAUUGCCACAAGUCAGCUACGUUAAGGCAAUUGAUCUCUGGUACGGAGGUGAGGUCAAGAAUUAUUAUUUUCACUACAUCUCACAUCGCCAACAUUGCUAUUCAUUUCCAGCGUGUAUGCUUUUUGUGUUUUCUGCAUUGCUGGAAUUUGCUAUAAUCAACAGCUAUAUGCGGAAAUCAGAGAAAUUCGAUUCGAUGGGAAAGCGAAUUUUUUCGAGCAUAGCCAGCGGAAGAAGUAAGUGGUACUGUUCUCCUACAAACUUACUAAAUGUAUUACAAAUGUGGUUUACAAGAGCUGCCGUGCCGUCUAUAUGCAGUAAACAGUUGGAAUGCAAAGAUUCAAACGGUUUCUGUGAAAGGGAAAAAGGCAAUGGAAACAGGCAACCUAUAAGAUUCAUUGAUGACGUCAUGACGCCAUCAUCGAAAAAUGGCAAGUACCAAACGAUUGUAAUCAAGAGUGAUUGUCGAGUCUCAAAUGCUAAAUCCAUGGGCACUUCACUGCUCAAACGAUCACCUGAGAGUGAAAAUACACAAUGUAUCGACAACAGCUAUGGAAAUGAGGAGGACAAUAAAAGGAAAAUGGAGUCAUCUGUCAUGUCAAUCUAUGACAAUGUGUCUCAGCCUUGGCGUAAUCUCGACACUGCUCUGUUAGAAGACGAAGAUAGCGGUUCUGACAACGAGACAUCAUGGAAGUCCUGUCCAUCAAGGAAAGCGCCUUUGAGAUGUCAUGCCUCCAUCAGCAUUCCGAACACAGCUGGUGCAGAUGACGCCGCAGUCUAUUCGAAG